AUGCAUAGUAGGCAACAUCUGUCGAUAAAAAACCUAGAUGGACUUAAAUUAGAUUCAACUCAAGUUCGACGCAAGAGUUGUGUUUGUGAAUAGUGUGGGACUACAGCUUUAAAAGAAGAUCGUCUACCAAAUUAAUUAUGUGAAAUUGCCUACCACAAAUAAGAACGAUUGGCAUAAGUUUUCCUUAGUAAAUUAGAUGGAGCAAGAAAAUAUAUGAGAAAUGAGCAUAAAAAAAGGAACUUUCGAAUUUAUGCUAAAAAUCCAUUGUUUAUAUUACGUUCUUAGCCAGAUCUGGAAGAAAGCAUAAAUUUGCCAUCAUCACCAACAAAGACUCAUACACCAGAAAAAGAACGUAUAAAGACUGAGCAACCUUAGAUUGCUUCUUAUAAAUCGUACAAAUAUGUUCCCUCUUCAAAUUGCUUUCUAUAAAACAUGAAGUAACAGGUUAUGCGUUCCAAUAAAACAAUCAAUCGAUUACUGAAAGAUAGAAAAGCAGUUUAAUCAUUUUAGUUUUCCACAUCUGAUAGACUACCAGUCACAAAAUCUCCAUAAAAAAAUAUUAGAAGCUUUACUAAAUAAUUAAAGCCACUUCCUAAAUAAAAAAUACUUUAAACUAAAUUUGACUGUAUGAUUAGACAAUUUUUUAACUCAUCUAAAGCCAAAUAAUACUGAC